AUGACAAUCGAUAAGAACUAUGAGUUGAUUGCACGGGGCGUGGACGUGCAAGAUGCGCAAAUCAUCAAGCACAAGCUUGACAAUGGCGAUUUGGUUAAAGGGUUCUGGGGCACUGCACCGACUGGAAAACCACAUAUUGGAUAUCUGCUACCAUGUAUCAAGCUCAUGGAGUUUGUAGCUGCUGGUGUAGAGACUUGUGUAUACUUUGCGGAUACCUAUGCGUUUUUGAUCAAUCAUGAUGUUUCAGCUGAACGUGUGGGAUAUCGUACUCGCUACUAUCAAUUCCUGCUCUCCGCCAUUCUCGACAGCCUCGGCGUCCCGAAAUCAAAAGUCUCUUUCGUCACAGAGUCGGAAAGAUUCACCUACGACCCAGCUUUCAUUUCAAAGGAACACCAACUUUGUGUUCUCGUGUCUCAAGAUGCGAUCAGAGCCUGCGGGAACGAGAUUGACGAGACAAAUGCUCUCAGCCCCAUGAUGUGCCCCGGUCGGCAGGCCCUUGCAGAAGCAUUCCUGGGUGUCCAUUUUCAACUAGGCGGCGAAGACCAGCGCGGAAUGUUCAACUUCGCAAACACUUUCCUCCCACAACUGGGAUUCGACAAGGCAGCACACCUGAUCAACCCCCUACUGCCAGCACUGAGUGGAGCGAAGAUGUCAUCAUCGAAGGCAGCUUCAUCCAAAAUUGAAUUCCUUGACACAGCAGAUGACGUCACGUCGAAAAUCCUUACGUGCCAUUUCGACGAAGAAAACGUGGAUAGCAACGGGCUUCUUGCGAUUGCGAAAAUGGUGAUUUUCCCUUUCACGAGAAUUGCUAAUUCCACUGGCAAACCUUGGGAGUUCUCAUGCGAGCUGGCAGAUGGUCGCAAUAAAGAGUAUAUAUCUUACGAGGAGCUUGUUCGGGAUUUGAAGGAAGGGACUGUUGGUGCUAAAUGUAUCAAGGUUGCCGUGGCUUCUACCCUUAAUCGGCUGCUCGAGCCAAUUCGCCAGGCAUUUGCAUCCAGUAAGGAGUGGCAGGAGAUCGCGGAUCUGGCUUAUCCGAGUUAA